GGUAUAGGUCCGAAUGAAGAGGUUAACUUUCCCACUGACUUAUUUCUAACGUGGAUCAAAGCAUUUGACAAAUUGAAAAGUCCUUAAGCUAGAGUUCAAACGAUUGAACCAAAAGAAGUUAAAAAAUAUUGGAAAGAAGAGAUUCACGAUUGAUGUGAUAUGGAAUAUAGAAAACUAUCAAACUACGGAAGAGAAUAACAAAAUCAGAACUAUGCGAAGUAACAAACUGAAGGGUCAGAAGUAAAAAUGAAUAAAAUGAUUAUUGUCUAUUUGUCACUGUUCCUGUACCAAGGCCAUGUAUUUUCUCAAGAGUUCGUAGCUAAUGGCACAUCACAUGUUAAUGUGACAGGAUGUAUUCGUAUACGUGAGAGGAAUGCGUGGGACGUUCUUGAUCGUGAAUCUGACGUGUACAAAGACAUCGCUAAAAACCUCACUCGAGGGUUUGUCAAUUUUUUCCCAAAUUACUUCCGUUGGGUGCAUCUUAAUGUAACAGUGGAAGAACUCUUUAUUUGGCCGACAUUUCCAGAGAAGAAAGAUGCAAAAAACUUGUCAUUUGUGAUCAUUGCACGAAACAAGUAUAAAACAACGUCUUUUGAAAGGAAGGCUGAGGCCGAAUUCGAGUUACCUAAUAGUUUGUUUUGGUACAAUUGGCACCACAUACACACCGAUAAAGAUAGCGAAGGGUUUGUCACAUUAGAGGGGCUGAAAGUUAAAUAUAAAGAUAUAGAUCUACUUCCUGAACCCAUAGUAGAAAAUGUCACCCUAAACUACAUGGCAUUUAUCACGAAAUUAAGAAAUGCAAACAGCAAUGGUGAAGGCGAUGAAACACCAACUAGAUCACCAUCAGGGAAUUCCUCAGUAGAAGGUUCAUUUAAUACCUCGGUGUCCCCGAGUGAACCCAAAGAGCCGCGUGAAAUAUCUUACAUAGCGUAUAUUGGUAUUACAUUAUCUAUGAUUGGCUUGCUCAUCACAAUGACAUCAAUAUGUUUCUUCAGAAGGUUACGAAAAUUUCGACGAAAUCAAAUUCUGGUUCAUAUUUGCGUCACAAUAAUGGCAGGGAUGUUGCUAUCAAUAUUAUCUUUCACAUACGAAGGAAAUAAGAGCUAUUGUACAGCGUUAGCGCAGUUACUACACUACUUCAUCUUAGCUGCAGUAUCUUGGAUGUGUGUUGAGGCGUACAAUCUAUACAGAGAUCUUGUUAAAGUGUUUAAUACAACCACAUUGUCAGGCAGGGGCUUCACAUUAAGAGCUUGUAUAUGCGGUUACGGUCUUCCAGCAGUGAUUGUGGGCGUGACCUCCGCUGUGGAUAUCAGGUUUUAUGGUCGGAGAAAUGACGCAUGUUGGAUGACGUCGUCAGCAUUCUUCGUCAGCUUCCUCACUCCAGUGCUUCUCACGGUCUUCGUAAACAUUGUCUUCUUCGGUCUGAUCAUGCGCGAAAUUAUUCAAAUAUCUCAACGUGACGCGAACAACAUCAGAUCAAGUCUACGCGCGGCAGUCUCUCUUUCGGUCGUAUUCGGGUUUUGUUGGCUUCUUGCGGGAAUUUCCACGUUUACCACAAACCCCCUCGUGACGUACGCGUUUGUCAUCCUAUCGUCAUUCCAAGGCCUGUUUAUAUUCAUAUUUCACGGAAUUGGUAAGCAAGAGCUGCGCGAUUCUUGGAAAAGCUUGCCCAUAUUCAAAUGGCAGUUCAACAAAUUCAGUAAUACUGAAAUCCAAGGCCGCGGAAAGACCGAGUCGACUACCCAGGAUACACCGCAGAUGCCAAAGAGAUGUUCCACGGAUGCGGUGGGAAAAUUGAGGGAAGAUUACUUCUCAGCCUUUGAUGCAGGAUUUCGCUCAGCCUGUGAUGCGGGUCACAACACAGCCUACGCCAAAGAAAGUAUACUGAACAGCAAUGAGCACAACGAUGAAAUUCCUGACUUGCACGAGAAAAAACACAGCGUGUUGAAAAAGAUUGAAAGUAAUUGUUAAUGGGCAGAUUUGUUGAAGGGUGGUUCCUUUCAGUUAUGAAGAUCAUAAAUGGCUAUUGGCUAUAGACGCAGACAUUACAAAUAAAAAACUUUAAGAUUUUAAAAACAGUUAAAAGUACUGGCAGUAUAAGAGUAACGCACUGUCAUGUUUUAAUAUGUAAUAAUUAUAACGUUAUUUCAAAUUUGUAAUUUAUCAAGUUACAUCAAAGAUUAUCAUAAAAAUUCA